AUGGAGGGCUCGCCGCCUUAUGUGAGUGCUGUUCUCUCGAUCGCCCUGUACGGGGCGCCGAUAUGGGCGCCCCAGCUCCGCGCCUGCCGCGAUGGUAUACGCCAAAUGCGGCAGGCGCUGAAGCCCAUGUACAUAAGGGCGAUCAGGGAGUUCAGCACAAUAUCAUACAUGGCGGCGAUCACCCUGGCCGGGUCCCCUCCCGUGAAGCUCCUCGCCGAGGAGAGGCGGGUUCUCUAUUGGAGAAUCAAGGAGCUCCGUGAGGAGGGAAAGUUGACGACCAGGGACCUACGGGCCCUGAAGUCCCAGGCCGUGGCCCGUACCCUGGGGAUAUGGGGGGACAUUUUGUCUGACCCACGAUCGUACGGGUGCGAGACGGCUGAGGCUGUCCGCCCCUGCCUGCCAGAGUUGGCGGGCAGGAGGGGAUGUGGAAUGUCUUUCCAUCUGGUGCAGGUGCUGACGGGCCACGGAUGCUUCGGUAAGUACCUGCACCAGAUAGGCAAAGAGCCCACCACCCGGUGCCACUACAGCCCCGUGCUGAUGGACACCGCGUUCCAUACUCUGGCUGCUUGUCCAGCCUGGAGGGAGAAGUGCCGUGUUCUGGCCGGGGCGGUGGGGUGUCAUAAGGGGGACAUCUCGCUCCCGUACCUGGUCCAGGCUAUGUGCGGGAGCGAGGAGCCAGAGGCUUUGGCCGUCAACCGUCCACUUCAAGCGCUCUUGCGCAGAGCACACAGGACGGUGGCGGUCAGAGUAAUCCGAGGGUAUAAAACAGUAUCCCACGUGGCGGCGACGGCCUUGGCGGGCAUGCCCCCUUGA